UGAGUAAUACUCCAUGGAUAACAUGAGUGAAAUUAAUGAUGGAUACGACUAUACGAGUAAUUGCCAAUGAAGACAGAGAAAAGCUUUUAACCUUAAUAUCCUCCUUUAUUAAGGAAGCUUGUCUAGGGAAAAAGCAUAAUAAAAGCAAAGCAAUUUCCCUCCUCUUCUUCUCAUCAUUACCGUUACACUUCUCUUCUUCCUCUUUCGAAUUUCAAAUUUCAAACAUCUCCACUCUUAUAACUCACUUACACUCUCUCUCCUCUUACUUGAACUCAAAAUCUACCAUUGGAUUGUCCCAACACUCUUUCUCUCUCUCUCUCUCUCUUCUAAAACAUAAAAACAACAUCCAAACAAAAACAUACUCCAACCUUAAAAUCUCAAAAAAAAAAAACAUCGAAUUUCUCAAAAUGGGUGCUUCAUCAAAUUGGCUAAAAUCCUUAAUCAAUCUUAAAAAACCCAACUCAAAUGAUCAUCAUGAGAAAGUGAAGAGUCGAAAAAGAUGGAGACUUUGGAAAAAUCCAUCAGUCAAAGGCGUGGCGCAAUCAGAACCGUCUGAUUUUACAUCAACGGCUGGUGGUGGAGAUGCAAGAAUUAAUGCUGCCAUGGCUGCUGUUAUUCGAGCUCCUUCUAAGAAUUUCUUGUUCGUUCGUCAAGAAUGGGCUGCUAUUCGUAUUCAAACUGCUUUUCGUGCAUUUUUGGCGAAACGGGCUUUAAGGGCCUUGAAAUCUCUUGUGAAACUUCAGGCUAUAGUCCGAGGUCGAUUAGUAAGGAAGCAAGCUGCAGUUACUCUAAGGUGUAUGCAAGCACUUGUUAGAGCUCAAGCGCAUGUCAAGGCCCACCGAGUGAGGAUGGCAUUUGAAGGACAGGAUGAAUUGAGAUCAGUCGACAGUCUUCAAGCCGAUCCUGUUAAGGAAGCAGAGGAAGGAUGGUGCGACAGUAGAGAAAGCGCGGAUGAAAUCAGGACAAAGCUGCAGUCAAGGCAAGAAGCAGCCAUCAAGAGAGAACGUGCAAUUUCAUAUGCUGCCACUCAACAGUUGAACCUAGGGAAGAACAAAUCAUUUACCACUUCUCAACCUCCGAAACUUGAUAAAAGUAGCUUUGGUUGGAGUUGGUUGGACCGUUGGAUGGCUAGCAAACCAUGGGAAACAAGGUUGAUGGAGGAAGUACGAAGUGACCUUCCAUACAUGUCUCCACUCUCUAAGAUUUCCUCAAAGCAAAACAAAUUAAGAGUCGACUGUUCAAGUGUCUCUGAGCAGAAUUCAGAAAAAGUGAAGAUUGUUAGAAGGCCUAAUUAUGUAGGACAUAUUGCUCGAACCUCUUCUGAACCAAAUUCGAAACUUCUUACUGAAGAAUCCUCAACUUCUACUUCAUCAUUAUCAGCUUCUAGAACUCCGGUGUCUAGCAGCGCAAGCAGAACAGACGACAGCAGUUGCAGCAAACCAAGGUACAUGAACCUUACAGCAUCAAACAAGGCCAAACAGCAGAUUAGUUUUCAGAGGCGGCCGCUUCAGGAAAUUCAGAAUCAUCAUAUGUCAUGGACAAGAACAAGAUUUAGUGGUGAAGCUCGAAGUAGUGUUGACUCAGUCCCUAUGAUUCCUCAUUCUGUCCCUUUGUGUGGAGAUCUUUACCCACCUUUCCAAGUAGACAGAUUUGAUUGGAGGUAUCGUUGAAAUCGAAGAUGAUUGCUACAGUUUUGUUUUUUUGCUCUUCAUUUGAUUCCAAUGAAGAGUUCAACAGCUUGUUGUUGUUAUCUAAUCUUAUUGAUACCAAAAAAAAAGAUAACAUAUGACUUUUAUCAGUGAAAUAUAUAUUUCUGAUAUAUUGUGAAAUGUAUACUAGAAAGCUAGGUAAAGAUACGGAGUAAAUUAGCGUGUAUGGGUGUGAUUCGAAAUAUUGGCUUAAGCCAUGUGUUUGUGAAUUUGUAAUUUAAUUUUCAUCUUAGC